AUGGCACCAAUUAACGGAAAAUCUCAAACUUCUGAGGCGUCCCAGGAACUGAAAUUACCAACUCGGCUCAAAAAUAACCGACCUGAAGAAACUGGCGCAAAGAAAACAGAAAUGUCGGACAUGAUUUUUCCCGACAUGGAGGAAAUAGAAACACUUCCAGAAAUUUCCGUGAAGAGCAAACUGCGUAAGUUUACGGUAAAGGAGCAGCCAGAAGAAAAACACCUAUCGGUGGACAUCAAUGGCAGAACCAAGGCAGCAACACUGCCUGGCGCCAGCCGAAAACUUCGAUCCAAGGGGACAUCCCAGGAACCAAAAUCGUCAACUCUGCUCAUGGAUAAUAGGUCUAAAAAGUCGAAAACUCUGGAUAGCUUCAGAAACGCGGUGAGAGAAGCAAUGUCACGUAUGGGAUUCAAAAAAGCGAGGGAAGCAGAAAAACUCGAGAAGAAUGUCGAGAAAGGGAAAUCGUAUAAACAUAGAGUAAUUGCUUUACUAUACUGUUUCUCUCUCGCAGAUUACUUAGUUGCGGAAGGACGCAAAUAUGACAAUGCUCCGGAUUAG